CAAUUGUCAUUCCAAGAAAUCAGUGAAAUUUGCCCUCGUUCCUUUCCUCUCAUGAAAAUGGAGUUGGAUGGGUCACCUACUGUGCCCUAAUCAGGAUUCCCCAAAGAAGACAACGAAAAGGAUGUUCUAUCGGACACACAAGCAAUAGAGGAUCAGUGGAUCUGUCUCCGUUGUUAAAGCUUUGAAAUUUUCAAUCGAAGCCUAUCGCGAACGAUCUGAUUCUCUACAUACAACUAACGAUGUCAGAUUACGUACCCGAUGAACUAUUAAUUGACAUUCUUGCAAGACUACCCAUCGCAUCUCUGCUUCGAUUCAAAUCCGUAUGCAAAUCAUGGUAUUCUCUCAUCACAAGCCCUGGUUUCGUCACCAAACACCUCAGCCAAUCCGUUACAAACACCAAAAGAAACGGCAGCAAGCUUCUCGUUAGGCUUUACGACAUUAAUGGUAAUACAGAGCGAUAUCUAUUGCUCAAUGAUGAUGAGAAAUUCGGUGACGAGUAUUCGGAAAUGAACUUUCCAUUUAAACUCGCAGUUGGGUAUUUUAGGGUGGUGGGUAGCUUCAAUGGGUUGCUGUGUGUAGCUGAUGAUUUUUUGACUGACAAGCCUCAGAUUAUUAUUUGGAACCCAUCGACUAGAAAGUCGGUAACUCUUCCCAUGGCCUCUAAGACAAAACGCCCGCAUAUGUGUGUUUAUGGAUUUGGUUCCCACUCUGCAACUCAUGAGUAUGGGGUGAUUAGGAUCCAGUAUGAGAUGGAGGAAUUUGAGUUAAAACUUCCUCCAAAAGUUGAAAUUUACACUCAAGGAACAAGAUUGUGGAGAGGCAUCAGUUCUGCUGCACCUUCAUAUCGCAUUUUCAACUAUAUGUGGUCUCAGGCCUUUGUUGAUGGAGCUGUGCAUUGGGUUGCAUAUGAACCUUGUGCUUGGCUUGGGGGUGGUGUUCGAAAUUUGAUUUUGUCGUUCAAUAUGGCUUCUGAAUCAUUCUCUGAGUUCAAGCUACCACCAACUCUAGCAGAUCAACCUCCACCAUCGUUAUCCAUUAAGAUAUUUGGGCAAUCACUGGCUGUGUUAUGUAGUGGACAAAGGGAUAGUGGUGGCUGCUGUAUUUGGGUGAUGAAAGAAUAUGGAGUUGCAGAAUCUUGGACUAAGCUAUUCAGUUCUAAUCUACUAGGAAUGCCGAACAAGACAUUGGGGUUCAGGAAAAACGGUGAAGUUUUGCUAGCAUCGGAUAACUCUCUGGCUUCUUAUGCUCCUGGAACCAACACAUUGGCAACAACUGGAAUUAAGGGGAGUUUACGUGCAUUUUAUGUUGAUCCAUUUAUGCAAACCCUUGUUUCAGUUUAAGAAAAGAGAUGAUGUGUCUUAUGAGUUAUGACUGCAGUUGAACCUUUUGUGAUGCUUUGCUAAUUGCUGCCAACUUCCAUUGAGGAGAUGGGGAUAGAGUGCAAAACGCAGCAGUUAUGAAGGUUGUUAGUGAAAGUGAAGGCAGUUGUGAUGAACAAUAUGUGAGGCAUUUUUGUUUUUCCAUUGAAGCAACCUAUUUUCCUUGGUUAUACUUGUCAUUCAGUGACUAGGUGCAAACUUCCAACUUUAAAAUUGUAUCAGUGCACUCACAAAUGCAAACAUUCGUUUGAUUCCAUAACAUGUUGAGAAUUCUAUUCUUGGAAUUGCAAGGAUUAUAUCACUUUGUUAAUUUGUAGUAAUUCAUUUCUUAGAAAGAUGUUCAACUACUUCUUAUCUUCA